AUAAAUGAGAGAGAGAACCAGAGAUCGAGAGUGAGGUGAAAGAGUGUGAGAGAGUGCGAGUGCGUCAGGCAGGAGAAUGCGGAUCGAUAUCUUAUGCUGCUUCAGCAUGUAAAACAGCGAGCGAAUCAAAACAAACCAGGAGAGGAGAAAGGAGGAGAGGCGAGGAAAGGCAGAAUCAGUUGCUCGGGCAUGGAUUCUGGAUCCAUCGCUCUUUACUGCAGGUACCGAUGUUGUGGGACGGCUAUCGGCUUCUGAUCAUUUGACUGGGGUUGUCUCGUUCUCCAGCCUUGAAAAAACAGAUGCAUGUCAAGAGAAAGAGGAUGCUUAUGCAGAUGUACAGAGAUGGAAUGGCACAGCCAAAUGCCAUGGUUUCCCUCUUGGUGUCCUGCUGAGCAGGUCUAAGCUGGUUGCUGUGGCAAUGGGAAGACGGGCGGCUGACCUAGCCACCCCUGUGCCGGUGUCUGAAGUGCCUGCUCUGGUGGGAGUCCGUGAGUGGCAGAGUGGAGAGGUGGGGCUUACCUGUGCUCAUCACUGUAACGUUGGAGUACAAACAUCACCAGCCAUACAGGGCUGCCAAUCAGGAAAGAGAAUGACCAUGGCACCUAACGGGUACAUCUCGAGUGACCCGGUGGGCAGGAAAGGACAAAAAAGAAGUGCUUUGUUUAAACACAGGAGUCUUGAGAGCAAAGUGAAGAAGGGUGUGACGUUUCAAGGAGUAGACAGUAAAAUUGACAAUGACAUCCAAACCAACUCUAACUCGCAUAGCACCCGUAAAGGGAAGAGGGAUUUUCGAUUCACCAAUGGCAGUGUGGUUGACUCGGAAGCAAUUGGCGGUAUUAGCAGUGACAUCAGUGAAGGGGAGGAGUCAACUCCGAGGCUUAAAUCUGCAGUGCACUCAAUGAAAACCUUAAAGGUUCACCCACCAUGUUCCCCUCCACACCGAUUUCCUUUAAGAAUUUGUACCAAAUGUGGAGGGAGGAAAAAUCCUGUGGCUGCAGUACUCUACACCUCCACCAGGGAUGCUGUAUCACCAUGUUCUGCUGGUUCUGACAGUCUCAGAUCAAGCCCAGCGAUGCCUCUAGACUCUGGAAAACUCACCAUACCCCCAAUUUCUUCUCGAAACACUGAAAAGGCUGAUUCUGAGAAGAACCUCAAGUGUGGAGCUAUGCAAGCAGACAGAAGAACGGCAGAGACGUGGCCUCGUCCUAAUCUAAAUAUAAAUGCAACCCAGCUAUUAGCAUCUUCACAGGACAGCGAGGCAUUAAAAUUAACUAGACAUCAAUCAGCCAGAAGAUACCCUGGCGCUGACCUUCCACAUACACAUAUUGACAAUCAAGUUAGUCACGCAUCAUCUUCAUACACACAUACAGUUGCAGUGAGUGUUAUUAAAAAGACAAGCGUUUACCCAGAUUCACAGGCUCCUCAGGAACCCAGACUAAUUCCCACCCCUUCUGCACACACACCCAAAACGAGCAGUACCUUAUUAAACCACUCAAAACCUUCAACCACUGUAAACUCCCAAUCACUCCUUCUUAAAGGCACAAACCAGCAGUCCACACCAAAGACUGGAUCACAAACUACCAAUGUCCAUCUCACAGGCAUCUCAAGCUAUGCCAAAAGCCAUUCAAAUUCUUUAGCCACCCCAUAUUCACCCACAGUUUCCAAGGAUCAAAGCUUUGAGAAGUCAAAGACAUCUCAAAUGGAUUAG